AUGAUCUUUCGACGAUUGAACCGCAAUUCAGAGCAGCAAGCAAGCAUCGAGUCCGGCCAAUACACCUUACACUACAUCAUCAAAGACUCGGUAUGCUUUCUCUGCAUAUGCGAUCGAUCCUAUCCUCGGAAAUUGGCCUUUACCUACCUCUCCGACCUGGCCCAGGAGUUUACUACAGUCUACCCCUCGCAGCAGUACCUGUCUGCAACUCUACGACCCUACGCAUUUGUCGAGUUUGACACGUUCAUUCAGCGGACGAAGAAGACCUACCAGGAUAGCCGGGCGAGCGCCAACCUGGAUAAAUUGAAUGAUGAGUUGAAAGAUGUCACGAAAGUCAUGACCAAAAACAUUGAGGAUCUUCUGUACCGCGGAGACAGCUUGGAGCGCAUGGGCGAGAUGAGCGGCCGACUGCGAGAAGACAGCAAGAAAUACAGAAGAGCUGCUGUACGGAUAAACUGGGAGUUGAUGUUGAAGCAGUAUGGACCCUUUGCAGGUCUGGGGUUGAUUAUGAUCUUCUUCCUGUGGUGGAGGUUCUUUUAA